AUGUCAACAACGGACAAGCCUGAAAUCUCUUUUGUCGACGACAGGGAAGACGAUGCCCGUUACGAUUCAGAGAAGGCACCCGCGGUGCGCAUAAUCGACGAUGUUCGCGUCCUAGGCCUUAGCGAAGAUGAUGCCGAGUUCUAUGCCAACUUUACGCCGGAGCAGCGCAAGACGACAAUUCGCAAGGUCGACGUCCGCCUGGUUCCAAUGCUGGCGAUUCUCUAUCUCAUCUCCCACCUCGACCGCGCCAACAUUGGCAACGCCAAGAUUGAGGGUCUAGCCGAGGACUUGCAGCUCAACGGGGUGCAGUGGAACAUUGCCCUCAGUCUGUUCUUUGUUCCCUACGUCCUUCUUGAGGUCCCUAGCAACAUUAUCCUUAAGAAAUUCACCCGUCCAUCCGUCUACCUCGGCACCCUCGUGACGAUAUGGGGCGUCAUCAUGACCUGCCACGGCGUCGUUCGCGACUUUGCCGGCCUUCUCAGCGUCCGCUUGCUCCUCGGCGUCUUUGAGGCCGGCUUCUACCCUGGUGCUGUUUACCUUUGCACGUUCUGGUAUUUGCCGCGCGACCUGGCUGCUCGUAUCGCCUGGUUCUAUUGCACAUCCGCUCUCUCGGGCGCCUUCUCCGGUCUCUUGGCAGCCGCAAUCGCGAAGAUGGACGGCGUAGGUGGCUACGAGGGCUGGCGCUGGAUCUUCAUCCUCGAGGGCAUCUUCACCAUCGGCCUCGGCAUCGCCACCUUCUUCUUCCUCAUCGACCGGCCCUCGCUCAGCGGCAAGUGGCUCACCCCCGACGAGAUCCGCUUCCUCGAGAUCCAGCACUUCAUCAAGCAGGGCGGCCGCUUCCAGGACGAGAAGCAGGAGGACAAGUUCAAGUGGCACGACCUACAGGCCGUCGUCACCAACUGGCGGCUUUACAUGCAGGCGUGGGCGCUCCUGGCGACGUCGGCCUGCAGCUACGGCACCAAAUUCACGCUGCCGACCAUCACCAAGGCCAUGGGCUUCAACAACACGGCCGCGCAGCUCAUGACGGUCCCGCCGUACUUUUGCGGCGCCGCAUCCGCAGUCUUCUUUGCCCGCCUCUCGGACCGAUUCUACUGGCGCAUGCCCUUCGUCGCGAUCCCGAUGGGCCUCAUCACUAUUGGCUACGGCGUCAUCAUCUCCUUCAAGGGCGACCUGUCUGGCAACAUUGCCGGCGCCAUGGUCGGCGUCAUCAUCACCUGCAUGGGUAUCUACCCCAUCCAGCCCGCGGGCUCCUCGUGGGCGGCGAACAAUUUGGCCCCGGCGUCGCGCCGCGCCAUCGGCGUAGCCUUUAAUAUCUGCGUGGGCAAUAUUGGCGGCAUCAUUGGCAGCUACAUGUACCUCGACAGCGAGAAGCCAAAGUACUACACCGGUUUUGGCCUGUCGUUGGCGUUUGGCGGCAGUGGGUUGAUUGUCGCACUGCUGCUGGAGAUGAGCUACAAGUGGGGGAAUGCCAAGAAGGCCGAGAUGUCGGAGGAUGAAAUUCGGGCAAAGUAUACGGAGCAGCAGCUUAUGGACUUGGGCGACAAGAGCCCUUACUUCAAGUACACUCUGUAA